GAUGGAGUGACGGAGCUGCCUGAGCCAUGAAAGCAGGAGCCGACAUGAAGACUCCUGGGAAGACUCUGUGUGUUUUUGUGCUGCUCACCAUCACCAAGGUCACGAGAACUGUAGGGUUCCACAGAGUGUCAGCAACAGUAGGUAACAGCCCUGUGCUCACCUGCCCUUCCACAUCAAAUUUAACUAUGGUAACAUGGAAAAUAAGCCCCAAGGUUGGAGGCCCCUGCACCUUGGGAUACAGAGCUGAUCAGAACAAGACAGACAGAACAAACUGCAGUGACAGCAUGAACUGGAAAUUCAGACCGGAUCGGGAUCCUGCCCUUAAGAUACGGCAAGUGGGACUAGCCCAUGAGGGAAAUUACACCUGCGAAGCAGUAGCAACAGAAGGGAAUUUCCACAGGACGUACCACCUGACCGUGCUGGUGCCCCCCAGGCUGACCCUGUACUGUGAUGACCAUGGGAACCCGGUGUGCGAGGCAGCGGCAGGGAAGCCGGCUGCUCAGAUCUCGUGGGUCCUAGAGAGCAAUUCCACCCCCAAGGAAGAAGGCCACGACAACGGGACAGUGACUGUUCUCAGCAAGUUCACAGCACGCGGCACCAACAUGACUAAUACAACCUGCGUUGUGUCCCACCCAGCUGGGAACCAGCGCGAGUCCAUAGCCUGUCGUCCCUCAAAGAACGGCUUUAUCCUGAAUGUCUCCAUCAUUCUUUGUUUCCUGAGCAUUAUCACCUUCAUGGCUGUCAUUUACUAUUUUAAGCUCCGCAGUGACAGACUGUGCCACAAAACCAAACCUCCUGAGGCUUCUCCUGCACAUUCCCCACAGGAUGACACAAUGGAAGUGGAACCUUAUACUACCUAUGUGCAGAAGGAAAACGUAAUUUACAACUCAGUGUCUGAUCUGACAGUGGGGCAGAAUCUUCCACAAGGACUGUCGUCAGCAACAUGA